AUGUCAGCUAAUAACACUAGGAAUUUAGCGGCGGACGGUUUCCAACGUAUUCUCACAAAUAUCAUCAAUUUGGUAUCUUUCUUAUUAUUAUUGGUAAGCUCUUAUGUUAUCUUUAAAUUCAACAAAAGUAGAAUAUCCCCAUAUUCUCCAAUUCUUUAUCUUUCAUGUGCAUUCAUGUCCGAAUUUUAUUUGGGUACUGUAUUAAACGUAGUAGUUUUGUUACCAGUACCAGGAUUCUAUUGUAUUGGUUGGGCGAAAAAUUCUAAUGAUUUAAUGAAAUUGAUUCAUGUUGUGAGUUUUGUUGCUAUUAAACCUUUAAUAGAAGGGCGCCCACUUCAAGCUAGAUCAUUGCAGAUCCUUGCUUACAAGUUGUUUCUUCUUCAAGGUGAAAUUUUAUUCAUAAUUCUAGUUCUAAAACUUCAAACGGUUUCUCGUAACGAUUCAGUUUUCAAACUGAACUGUUUCAUUCAAACCCUCGUGAUUUUGGUUCCUUUAAUGUUCAAUUCUUCCAUUGCAUUUGUGAUUAUCAUUCAAUCCAAUUUUUCAAAACACUAUACAGAUGUAUAUAUAUCCGACAACUUGCCCUAUCAUGAAUUUCUGCGCCGCUAUGAAUUUGUAUGGAUCCUGACAGCUUUCAAAGAAUAUAUCGGGUUUGCGGCGGUCCUAUGUUGUUCACUGGGCCAAAUUUUUGUUCUAGUUUUCCUUGGUUAUGUUUUAAUUUUGUAUGAGUUGGAAAGACAAGCUACAAGUUUAAGUAAGGAGGCCAGGAAGGAGUGGAAAGAGUUUAUUGACAAAAUUCGGAAUCAUGGUGCGAUAACGGUCGUUUUCUUCUGCGCACUCCCCUUCUCCGGAUUUGUGCAACUGUUUGUCGAAGAAGAAACCGAUGUGUCUUUCCCUGUUGCAUUUGCAUUUUUGAUUUUUGUCAGUGCACCCGUUGCGGCAAACUUAUUAUUUUUAUGGAACGACCCUGCUUAUCGGUCCCAGUUGUUUUGCAAGUUUUCUAACAGGAACAGGCGCCGACAACCAAAUCAAAUACGAGUUACCUCAAAAGAAAUGCUUUGA